CGGGGACGGGGGCACAAUUCCGGGGGCCCCCACCCUCCUCCACACCCGACCUAAGUCCCGCGUGAACAAAGCCAUCCCCUCUGCGGCCGUGCCAGGGUCCGGUCGCUGGGACCCGCGCCCCCGCGGGCAGUCCCCUGCCUCCGCUCUUGGCCAGCGGGGUGGGGGUGGCGGGAGCGGAGCACGUGGCUCGGGGUCCGGGGAGCCCCCCCACCCCGGGCACUGGCGGUCCCCGCGGUGUCCGGGCCGCGGGGCCGGCGGCGGGAGCGGCGCGCGCGGGCGGGCGCGGGCAGGGGGCGCGCGGGGGCGCGGCCGGGCGGGGGUCGGCGGGCGAGAUGUGCGAGCGGGCGGCGCGCCUGUGCAGGGCCGGCGCGCACAGGCUGCUCCGGGAGCCGCCGCCGCAGGGCCGCGCGCUGGGCGGGCUGCUGCGCUGGGUGGGCGCCAGGAUGGGGGAACCCCGCGCACCGCUCGUCCCCGACAUCCCAGCCGCGGACCCCGGCCCCGGGCCCGCCGCACCUCGAGGGGGCACAGCCGUCAUCCUGGACAUUUUCCGCCGUGCGGAUAAAAAUGAUGACGGGAAGCUGUCCCUGGAGGAAUUUCAACUCUUCUUCGCAGAUGGUGUCCUCAAUGAGAAGGAGCUGGAGGGCCUCUUCCAUACCAUCGAUUCCGACAACACCAACCAUGUGGACACCAAGGAGCUGUGUGAUUACUUUGUGGAGCACAUGGGAGACUAUGAAGAUGUCCUGGCCUCCCUGGAGACUUUGAACCACUCAGUCCUGAAGGCCAUGGGCUACACCAAGAAGGUGUAUGAAGGUGGCAGCAAUGUGGACCAGUUUGUGACCCGCUUCCUUCUGAAGGAGACAGCCAAUCAGAUCCAGUCGCUGCUCAGCUCUGUGGAAAGCGCUGUGGAAGCCAUCGAAGAACAGACCAGCCAGAUCCGACAGGACCACUGCAAACCGAGCCAUGCCGUGAACGAGAGCCGCUACGGAGGCCCCACUCCUCCCUACAUCCCCAACCACAAGCUUGUGGCCCCGGAGCCAGUGAAGAGCCUGCCUGUGGCCACAGGAGAGACAAAGGAGGAAGGGCUGGAGGGCCAGAUAAGCCGGUUGGCAGAGCUGAUUGGGAGACUGGAGAGCAAGACCCUCUCGUUUGACCUGCAGCAGCGCCUCUCGGAUGAAGAAGGCAUCAACAUGCACCUGCAGCUGGUCCGGCAGGAAAUGGCUGUGUGCCCCGAGCAGCUGAGUGAGUUCUUGGAUUCCCUGAGACAGUACCUCCGGAGCACCGCUGAAGAAAGGAACUGCUUCCAUGUUGCCGCGGUGAGGAUGGCAGAUGGCCUAACCUUCGUCAUCUAUGAGUUCUGGGAGACAGAGGAGGAGUGGAAGAGGCACCUGCAGAGCCCUGUGUGCAAGGCCUUCCGACACGUCAAGGUUGACACGCUGAGCCAGCCUGAGGCACUCUCACAGAUCUCCGUGCCAGCUGCCUGGUGCACCUCUGGCCGAGACUGACCCCCCUCCCUGUUAAGAAGCCCUACUCUCACCCCCUGCUCCUUCUUGUAAAGGGCAAUCCCCAUUUUCUAGAGACUUUGGUAAACAGCUGUCUUUUCAAUAUACUAAUCAAAGGACUCGUACUUCCCCCUGCUGUGGCACGGAGAAGGCCCACCCCCUGGUAUCCCCAUACCUCACUCGACCUGGCAGAGUACUCCUGCGAUGCUGACAAGGCCAAAGUUAGUAGGGAUGGCUUCCCAGGCCAGCCUUCCACCAACAGCUUCUCACCCCAGCCAGCCUCUGGCGUCCCUGACUCUGAAUAGCUGAGGCCCAGCAGGGCUCACUUCCAAUGGACAGGCCUGUUCCUCUACUUCCAUCCUCUUUGAUGGCCCACUACCUAGUAGGAGCUGUGACCCUGUAGUACCCAACCUAGGCUUGGAUAGAGCCCAGGUCCCCAGCAUCGCGCUAGGCCCACAGUCACCAAAUAAAGUCUGGUUAGGAACAGCA